AUUUUUAUCCAUCUCAUGUAUAAAUUUGCAUUUUGAUCUCCAGAACUCCGACCACAAUGGAGGUCGCCGGACCUCCUCCUUCCUCCUUAACACGUCUCAACACCUUCGUCGCCCAAUCUCGCAUCGGAAAACGAUUUAAACUCCAUGAACGUAACACCACCUUCACCACCGAACUCAGGGCCGGCACCGCCACCUUCCUCACCAUGGCUUACAUCCUUGCCGUCAACGCCAGCAUCCUCUCAGACUCCGGUGGCCCUUGUUCUGUCUCCGACUGCAUACCACUUUGCUCCGAUCCCUCCUUCUCCGCCUCCAACUGCACCGGUCCCAACUUAAGGGUCAUACAGCCCGAUGAUACCUGCAAGUUUUCUCCGGUAAACCCUGGUUACACCGACUGUCUGGCAAAAGUCCGAAAAGACCUUAUUGUUGCCACCGUCGCUUCUUCUCUUAUUGGGUGUGUGAUCAUGGGUACUUUCGCCAAUUUACCAUUGGCUUUGGCUCCGGGAAUGGGUUCUAACGCCUACUUUGCUUACACCGUCGUCGGAUUUCACGGCUCCGGCAACGUCUCUUAUGAAAACGCACUUGCCGCCGUUUUCAUCGAAGGGAUGAUUUUUCUGUUGAUUUCCGCCGUCGGGUUAAGAGCGAAGCUUGCGAAGUUGGUUCCGAAGCCGGUAAGAAUCUCGUCGUCGGCCGGAAUUGGGUUGUUUUUAGCUUUUAUCGGCUUGCAGAACAACCAAGGUAUCGGCUUAAUAGGCUACAGCUCUUCCACUUUAGUUACCAUCGGCGCGUGUCCCACAUCCUCCCGGACUUCACUUGCGCCGGUUAUUACUUUCCCCAACGGCACCGUUACGCUUCUCCCUGGCGGCUCUGUCUCCGGCGAUAUCAUGUGUUUGCAUAACCGAAUGGAGAGCCCAACGUUUUGGCUCGGCGUGGUCGGCUUCGUAAUCAUCGCUUAUUGUUUGGUUAAAAACAUAAAAGGCGCUAUGAUUUAUGGUAUUGUAUUCGUGACGGCCAUUUCAUGGUUUCGUAAUACACAAGUAACGGCGUUUCCAAAAACUCCGGCCGGCGACUCAGCUUACGAAUACUUCAAACAAGUCGUCGACGUUCAUAAAAUUCAGUCCACCGCCGGCGCACUGAGCUUCUCCAGCAUCGGCAAAGGAUAUUUCUGGGAAGCAUUGGUGACAUUUCUCUACGUCGAUAUCCUCGAUACCACCGGAACUCUAUAUUCAAUGGCACGUUUCGCCGGAUUCGCCGACGCCAACGGAGACUUUGAAGGUCAGUACUUUGCUUUCAUGUCAGACGCAUCGUCAAUCGUCGUUGGGUCACUACUUGGGACUUCACCGGUGACAGCGUUUAUAGAGUCGUCCACCGGAAUAAGGGAAGGUGGGAGGACCGGAAUGACGGCGUUAACGGUGGCUGGAUAUUUUAUGUUAGCAUUCUUCUUCACACCAUUGCUAGCAUCGAUACCGGCGUGGGCGGUGGGUCCGCCGCUGAUACUGGUCGGAGUCCUGAUGAUGAGAUCGGUGGUGGAGAUYGAYUGGGAUGAYAUGARRCAGGCGAUWCCGGCGUUYAURACGYUGAUAUUGAUGCCRUUGACGUAYUCCAUMGCKUAUGGRYUGAUCGSCGGKAUWGGRACKUACAURGUACUGAAYMUKUGGGAUUGGGGWGRGGGGUUWUUKRGUAAAUAUGGGAUUCUUAAGGGGGUUAGAAGUAAUGGAAGUGUUAUUAAUAGUAGUACAGGGGGUAAUGGUGUAAUUAGUGGAAAUAGUGUGGAUACAAGUGAUAAAGUGCUUGAAGUUUAGGGGUUUCUUUAUAAUUCUUUUUUUGUCAUUUUGGCUUUUAUGAACAAGAUCUCAUAUAAAUCCAUUUUAUUAA